UCAGGGUCCCCCAGGCGGGCAGCUCACCCUGGGAGCUGUGUAGCUCCGCGGGCUGAAUGCCCAGCGCUGGCCCUCUGUGUCCAGGGGAGGGCCCAAAUUCCCCUCCUUUCCAGUGGGCCCACCCCAGGUGUCUGGAGGCUCCGGUUGGCCAGAUGCCCACGCAGGGCAGGUGGGCAGGGAGAUUUAAAGCCGGUGUCCGUGCGGCUGAGGGAGGUGAUGAGGAUGGGGCCGGGGCGGCUGUGGCCGGUGCUGCUCCCGGCGCUGGUGCAGGCUGUGGGGGCCCAGCUGCAGGAGCAGCUCCCCAGGGAGUCCCACAACCUCAACUGGAACAAGUUUUCAGGGUUCUGGUACAUUCUUGCCGUCGCUUCUGACGCCCAGGGGUUCUUGCCAGGCCGAGACAAGAGGAAGCUGGGGGCCUCUGUGGUGCAGAUUCACAGAGUGGGUCAGCUGAAGGUGGUCUUCGCCUUUACCCGGCAGAGCACAUCCAGCUUCCUGAGUCUGAAGAAGUUCGUAGACAUCUGUGAGGUUCUGGAACUCACGAGGGGCAUGACCGUCCUCCCGAAAGAUGGUAACGUGGCCUUGGGGCGACACGGCUUCCGUUCCCGCCUGUCCCAUUCGAGAGCUGACACUUGCGGGGCAGGAGCGAUGGACGGGUGACAGUGCCAGAUCUGAAGCCACGCCCGAGCGCGCUUCCUGUCCCCACCUCUUCUGUGCACAUCAGGGCUUGUCCCCGUCUCGGGCCCCACUCGGGGGGGCGCUGGCACUUAGAGCAUCUGUGCUUCCAGGGGCUGCGUGGCUUUCCUUCUGCAGUGGCCCAGCUUAG